AUAAAGACAAUCAUCUCUUCAAUUAGGGUUUCUUCUUUGCGGUGGUGAGAAACAAUGGUGAAGUUUCUGAAGCAGAACAAAGCGGUGAUCCUCCUUCAAGGCCGUUACGCCGGCAAAAAGGCAGUGAUCAUCAAAUCCUUCGAUGACGGAACCAGUGACCGUCGUUACGGACACUGCCUCGUCGCCGGACUGAAGAAGUACCCGAGCAAAGUCAUCCGCAAAGACUCAGCGAAGAAGACGGCGAAGAAAUCAAGAGUGAAAUGUUUCAUCAAGCUCGUGAAUUACCAGCAUCUGAUGCCUACACGUUACACGCUCGAUGUAGAUCUGAAGGAAGUAGCGACUCUUGAUGCUCUUAAGAGUAAGGAUAAGAAGGUGACUGCUUUAAAGGAAGCUAAGGCUAAGCUUGAGGAACGUUUCAAGACUGGGAAGAACAGGUGGUUCUUUACUAAGCUCAGGUUCUGAAGAAGAACCUUUGAGAUUUUUAUCUAUCUAUCUACUUUUUGUUUAGUUCUAGAAUGAAUUUGGAUCAUUGUUUAAGACCUUUUGGUUUGGAAUUGAUUCUGGAUUUUGUCUCUUACUUAUAAUCUUUUGCUAUAUUGAUGCCUCAUUUUAUAUAUUGUCACUGGUUUAAUAGCUGAAUUGAUUACAUUGUGGAAAUGUUGUUUAAGGUUAUUGAAGAUGGUCACUUCUGGUUUCCAAUUUCGAGAUGUUGGAGUAGUAUUGAAAUGGGUUUCUCUGUCAAAUCAUUUUCCCUGUAGCCAUUGUAGUCAGUCCUAGAGCCAUUGUAGUCUCUUUUCUUUACUUGUAGGAGCAUAUAGAGAGUCUUAGAUGCAUGUUUGAGUUGUCACUGUUGAUUACUUGAUUUCGUGUUGAUGUUAUGGUGUUAUAAAUAGAGUGUUUUAACUUUUAACGAGAUAGGUGUCGAAUCUUUCUUUAACCUUGCUGUUUAGAUUGAAAAGUUAGGAGAUUGUUACGAUUGUGUGAGUGGCCAUGUAUUGUAUAGCCUUUGUGUUAGUUGAUUUUUUCCUUGUUCAGUCAUAGAGACCUGUUGCAAUAUACGAG